AUGGCAUCCAAGGCACUUGCAAUUAUCGCUGGCGUGGGUCCUGGCACAGGUGCUUCCAUUGCUAGACGCUUCGCUCAGACCUAUUCUGUCGUGCUUCUAUCCCGGAACCCCGACAACUACGAGUCUCUUGUCCAGGAGAUCAACUCCAAGGGCGGACAGGCUGUCGGCAUCAGUACCGAUGUCUCUGAUGCGGAUAGCGUCAACGCUGCAUUUGACCAGAUUGCGAAACAGUUUCCCGAUGCAGCCGUGGCUGCUACUAUCUUCAAUCCCGGUGGUGGAUUCGUGAGGAAGCCAUUUCUUGAGCUCACGGAAGAUGAUUACUCUUUGGCUCUCAAGUCGCAGGGCAACGGAGGCUUCAAUAUUGCCAAGCGCGCCCUGCCCCUUCUGCUCCAAGCUAAAGACUCAGUCCCUCACCCGCCCACUCUGAUCUUCACCGGAGCCACUGCCAGUCUGAAGGGAUCAGCCAAUUUCGCAGCAUUUGCUUCGGCAAAGUUUGCACUGCGUGCCCUGGCACAGUCACUCGCCCGUGAAUUCGGACCGAAGGGUAUCCAUGUAUCCCACGCCAUUAUCGAUGGUGUGAUCGACAUCCCGCGUACCAAGACUUGGACCUUCGAGCAUGAGGAUGCGAAGCUGAGCCCCGAUGCUAUUGCCGACUCGUACUGGCACCUGCAUACUCAGCCGCGGACAACCUUUGCUUUCGAGCUGGAUUUGAGACCUUAUGUCGAGAAGUGGUAG